AUGUACUUCCUAAUCAAAGCAAUAGUUGUCACCGUUCUCAUGGUAGUGUCUGUUUGCGCUCAGAACGCCUACAUUAACCUGCCUGCGCCUGGCUCCGAUAUUACUGCAGGCACCAACUUUACUGUGCAAAUAGGCCUCCCGAACAAUCUCACUGGCGGUAAGGAGAUAGCGAUUGUGAUUGCUAUCCAGUCUUGCCCAACUGGGGACUGUCUGCCCAUUAGUGAGGAUAUGGGUACUCUCUUGUACGAAGGCCCGUUCAAUCCUCAGUAUGGGCCGGGCGCGGAAGACCCAUAUGAAGACUUCUCUGUUCAAGUCCCCGCAUCCUUCGCUACCGGGCAAGCACAGCUUGGACUUGCUCAUUUUAACCUCGUUGGAGAGCUUUUCUGGCCGUACUUACAACUCGUGAAUGAGACUGUUUACGUUGUUUAG